GCGUUUGGUCUUGACAACUCGAAUUUAAAAAUGUUUUACACGAAAAUGAAAUGUUUUGCGAUUAACGAACUCGGUAUCCGAAAAAACUUCAUAAUGAUCACAAAGCGAUUGCAGGCAACAAAGCAGCCUGCCGACGCAUCCUUGGAAUGGCAGCGAGCGCGACCAUUCAGCGAGCUACCAAGGGAUGGCGUUUUUAAUUUCCUACGUAAAUUUAUACCCGGAGGCCGGUAUUACAACUUAGACUCGACUCAAUUAGUUAUGGCAAUGAAAGAGGAGUAUGGAAAUAUUUACAUAGUUCCGGGCAUGAUGGGUCGGCCUGACACCUUGGUUACACAUCAUCCAGACGAUUUUGAACGUAUCUUUCGUAACGAAGGUAUUUGGCCGAUAAGGCCAAGUUCAGUAACGUUGCGUUAUCACCGGAGUAAGCUGCGCGCAGAAUUCUAUGAAGGCGUCGAGGGGACAAUAGCAACCCAAGGUGAGCAAUGGAGCUCAUUUCGUUCAGUCGUAAAUCCGAUACUUAUGCAGCCCAAAAACAUUAAAAUGUAUCAAAAAAAAAUAGCACAAGUGAACCAGGAAUUUGUCAACAGAAUUCGUUUAAUACGCAAUCCCGAAACGCUGGAAAUGCCAGACGAUUUCGAAGAAUAUCUACAACGAUGGAUGCUGGAAUCGGUGGCAGUUGUGGCACUUGACAAGCAACUUGGCUUGCUACGGGACGAUAGCGAAAAUCAUGAAGAUGCUCUAAAACUUUUCUCGGCCUUAACUGAUUUUUUCACACUAACUUUCGAUUUGGAGUACAGACCUUCUUUGUGGCGUAUUGUGGCCACACCGAAAUUCAAACGUCUGAUGAAAGCUUUGGAUGAUAUACAAUGCGUAACCUGGAAGCAUACAACAGAAGCCAUUGCCAAGUUGGAAGCGGAACGACAACAAGGUAUAAAACGUACAGAUCGAGAGCAGAGUGUAUUAGAGAAACUGUUGAAGAUUGAUAAGAAAAUUGCCACAGUAAUGGCCAUGGAUCUACUCAUGUCCGGCGUCGAUACGACCGGAUCACUUGCAGUUGGAGUUUUACUGUGCUUAGCCAAGAAUCCUGAAGUGCAGGAGAAGCUACGCAAAGAAGUAAAACGUGUUUUACCACAAAAAGAUGGCGAUUUCACAACGGAUGCACUGAGUAACAUACCGUAUCUGCGUGCGUGCAUAAAGGAGACAUUGCGUGUCUACCCACUGGCACUUGGAAAUAUACGUGUGCCACAAAAUGAUGUCGUCUUAAGUGGAUUCAGAGUGCCUAAGGGCACUGUAGUUAGUCUGAUUUCUUCAACACUACUGCAGAGUGAACGACAUUAUCCACAACCCAAGGUAUACUUGCCAGAACGUUGGCUGCGACGUGGCAAGGAAGAUGAAGAACAAAAGAGCGAGAAUGCCGUUUGUGUAGGAACGGCAAAAGCCAGUAACCCGUUUAUUUAUUUACCAUUCGGUGUAGGUCCGAGAGCUUGUUUGGGACGUAGAAUAAGCGAUUUAGAAAUAGAAUUGGGUAUUGCGAGAUUGGUUAGAAAUUUUCAGAUAGAAUUCAAUCAUCCAACAGAAAAGGUGUUUAAGGGUAUGUUGAUUAAUAUGCCAAAUGUGCCACUAAAAUUUAAGUUCGUUGACAUUGAGUAGAGAAGUGAG